UGGUCCACAGCUGCACAGCCGGGAAUCUCUGCAGUUGAUGCGCAGUUUGGGUGGCCUGGUGAAUCUUUCAUUGUUUUGCUUCUUUCUGCCAGCAGCGCCUUAAAAGCCUGAAAUUCAUCGCGCCAGUCAUGACGGAUGAGCAGGAGAUUAUGUGUAAAUUAGAAAACAUUAAAGAGAUAAGAAACAAGACAAUUCAAAUGGAGAAGAUAAAGUCCAGACUGAAGUCUGAAUUUGAAGCGUUAGAGUCUGAGGAGAAGCAUCUUAAGGAGUACAAACAGGAGAUGGACCUCCUGCUGCAGGAGAAGAUGGCCCAUGUGGAAGAGCUAAGACUGAUUCAUGCAGACAUCAAUGUGAUGGAGAACACAAUCAAGCAGUCAGAGAAUGACCUGAACAAGUUACUGGAAUCAACACGACGCCUUCAUGAAGAGUACAAGCCCUUGAAAGAGCAUGUGGAUGCACUGAGGAUGACGCUGGGCCUCCAGAGGCUGCCAGACCUGUGUGAAGAGGAGGAGAAACUAUCUUUGGAUUACUUUGAAAAGCAGAAAGCAGAGUGGCAGACAGAACCUCAAGAGCCCCCAAUACCAGAGUCUCUUGCAGCUGCCGCAGCUGCUGCUCAGCAGCUUCAAGUUGCGAGGAAACAAGAUGCCAGGCAGACAGCUACUUUCAGGCAGCAGCCUCCACCGAUGAAGGCGUGUCUGUCUUGCCAUCAGCAAAUCCACAGGAAUGCUCCAAUAUGCCCUCUUUGCAAAGCAAAGAGCCGUUCUAGAAACCCCAAGAAGCCAAAAAGGAAGCCGGAUGAAUGAGGAAACAUCCCAUAAAAUUUCAGCUUUGGCUACUGGGACAUUUUGUCCAACGUAUUUGCAGUCGUUUCGUUUUUGUUUUUUUUGUAACAUUCUCAUAAUUUUUUAAAGACUGAUUUUUUUUUUCCCAUUCAUAAACACUGCCUAAUAUAAAGUGUUUUUGCAUAAUAAAUUUUAAAUAUGAGGUGCUAGAUAAGUGUACAUAACCAAUGGUGUCUCAUGGGAGAACAAAUUAUGUUUUUAGUACUGUUAAUUUACUAAUUUUAAUUUCAGUUGUAAUAGGUAAAACUUUAUGUAUUUUUACGUUCUAUGUAUCUCCUGGUUGGUUUGUUGAACUGUGCGUGACCAGUGAUCAUAUACCAGCCAGAUGUUUGUCAUGGGUAUAUUGUUUCCUCUUAAAAAGCAGCUUGUUUUGCCGCAGUCGCAAAUGACUGCUAAUAAAUCCGUUUUCUACAAAGGUUUUCCAUAACUCUACAAAAAAGACAAAAUAAUGUCUGAAACUCGACUUGAGGGAAUGAUGCAUUUCAAUGCACUGUGACUCUUCACGUAAUUUGUAAAAAUCAUAAUCAGAUAUUUAAAUGGUUAUGCAUGCUCUAAAUUCAAGAAUGUUAUGCUGCUGUUGUAUAGACAUAGUGUGGUAUAUACUGAGCUGCUUUAAGUGUAUAAGAUAAAAACCCUUUGUGAAAUUUUUACAGAAAAUUAUUCUGUAUGUUGUCACUGAAAGUAUAUGGUCAGCCUUCAGUUUCUUGUUUACAUGUACACAAAUGUUAGUAUUACUAACAGCUGUUAUCUCUGAGCAGGCCCCUAAAUGGUUUCAUUCCAAAAGUCACAAUUAAAAUUUAUGUCAUUGCCGACACGUUAGCUUUUGAUUCCUUCAUUUGCAUGUUAACUUAUGUACGUUAACAGCUCUUUACAAAAAUAAAACUGCAGUUCCUGUGA